AUGGCCUCUCAUCAUUAUGAACAUCAUCAUCAUCAUCAAGAAGAAGAAACCACCUCCUCUUCAAAUAAUUCCCUCCAAAUGCGUCAAUUACUCAUCCGUUGUGCUCAUUUCAUUUCUCAAUCUGAUUUCCUCUCAGCUCAUCGCCUUCUCUCAAUUCUCUCCUCAAAUUCCUCUCCUUAUGGUGAUGCCACCGAACGGUUGCUUCAUUAUUUCACCACUUCUCUCUCCCAUCGCAUCCCUUCUUCAAAUUCCUCUUCUGUUCUUCCUCUUCCUAGUUUGAGUUCAAUUGAUGAUGAACAACAAAAAUUGACUCAAUCUUGUUAUUUGUCAUUGAAUCAAAUCACACCCUUUAUAAGAUUCACCCAUUUGACUGCAAAUCAAGCCAUUUUGGAAGCUAUUGUGGAAGGAGGGAUUCAUGUUGUGGAUUUUGAUAUCAUGCAUGGUGUUCAAUGGCCGCCUCUCAUGCAAGCUUUGGCCGAGCGUUUUCCUUCUCCUAUGUUGAGGAUUUCCGCCAUUGGUCGUGACCUUAACUUUCUUCAUAAGACCGGUGACCGUCUUUCUAAAUUCGCUCACUCUCUCGGCUUGAGAUUUCAAUUUCAUCCGCUCCUUCUUCUUAAUGACCACGAUCAUCACCGCCUUAUCCCUGCCGCUCUUACGCUCUUCCCCGAUGAAGCUCUCGCCUUUAAUUGCGUUCUCUACUUGCACAAGCUGGUAAAGGAGGAUCUUCGAGUGUUGCUACAUAAAAUCAAGGCAUUGAACCCUAAAGUGGUGACCAUAGCUGAAAAGGAAGCGAAUUUCAACCACCCUUUAUUCAUGCAAAGGUUUCUAGAGGCAUUGAAUCAUUAUUCUCUAAUAUUUGACUCAUUGGAAGCAACUUUGCCUCCAAAUAGUAGGGAGAGGCUAGCAGUGGAGCAAGUUUGGUUUGGAAGGGAAAUAGACGACGUCGUUUCAAGAGAAGGGAACAAGAGAAAGCAGCGUUAUGAGAGGUAUGAAUCAUGGGAGACAAUGCUUAAAAGUUUGGGGUUUUCUAACAUUCCUUUGAGCCCUUUUGCUCUCUCACAAGCUAAACUCCUUCUAAGGCUUCAUUAUCCAUCUGAAGGUUACCAUCUUCAAAUCCUUCAUGAUUCCCUUUUUCUUGGUUGGCAAAAUAGACCCCUUUUUUCAGUCUCUUCAUGGCAUUGAAGGCUCAAAAAACCACUCAAAAUGGCUUUGAUUUACAAACCCCACCAAGAAAAAUGAAGGAAGUUGCAAAAAUCAAGCUCCCCCUUUGUGUAUUUGAGUGAUUUCAAGAAACCCCACCAAGAAAAAUGAAGGAAUUAGCCAAAAUCAAGCAACCCCUUUGUGAAUUUGAGUGAUUUCAAGAAACCCCAUCAACCAAAUUUCAUUCCUUUGCUUGAUUUAAAUGUGUAAAACUAGA